CCUACUUACUUUUACUACUAACGACAUUUCAGGGUUAAAUUAUGCGCUUGCUUUCGAGCGCAUCACUUUUCUUGUGUGUAAUUAAUUAAUAAUGUUUUUGUUCUGACUUUAUUAUUGUCUUUUGUGGCUCUUUGUCUAUUUAUUCUAGUCUAAUUUCAGAACAAGUAUUAGAAAGUGAAAAACAAGUGAACUCCACGAAAUGUGGUUCUGCAAUUACCUUUCAUUUGUUUUCUCUUUCAACUGAAAAAUACUUGUGCUGAUGAUUGCAGAUAGAAAAUGAGAAGUUUGUAAGAUUGUAUUUCUCACUGUUAGCUAUUGUGGUGCUUAGGAAGUUGAUUGGAGGUUCAAGUUUAGUCUUGUAAGGGAAGGAAAGGGCUGCAAAGUUCUAAGUAUUUGAGUCAGUUGUGUUGAAAGCCACAUCUAAAGAUUGCUUGUACUAAAAAAGGUUCUUUUCUUUUAUGUAGACACCUUUGGUCAUUGUUGAAAAUGAAGAAUGAGGAUCACUUGUAUGCAUUUGUGGAUCCUGGCCACAUCUCUAAUGAAGCUGGAAAGGUUGAGGCUAGAUCAUAUGCGCUAUCACAUAGAUUAGAAUCUGCCCAAUUAGAUCAGUUAAUUCUUGUUCCUUAUAAUACAGGGAAUCAUUGGUUAUUGGCUGCCAUUAACCCAUUUACUGCAUUGGUGUAUUACUUCGACCCAUUCAGUAACAUUAACAUCAAUCUAGGCAUGAAGAACAUUAUAGAGCUUUCCAUUAAGAUGUUUAAUGCUCAAAAGGGAAGAAAGAAUCGUAAAGCAGUUCAUUGGGAGGUGGUUAAGUGUCCUAGACAACCUGGAUUGGUGGAAUGUGGAUAUUAUGUCAUGAAGUACAUGAAAGAAAUUUUUGGUACUCCAAGCAGUUCAAUUUUAAAUAUGUUUGAGGGAAAAGAGACUUACACUCAAGAAGAGAUUGAUGUAGUUCGAAUAGAGUGGGUGGAGCAGGUUGAUGGAUAUAUCCAAGAUGCAUGAAGUAAAAUAGUCAGCAUGUAUUACUUGUUUUGGAUGCAUGGUAUGAAUUGAGUUUUAUAUGUAGCAGCUACGGCUAGCUUUGAAUUCUGUAGUUAGCUUCAAAUCACUAGUAGUACAUUCUGGUGUUGGACUUGUUGUUUCUGCAGACUGCUUCUUUUGGAUCUUAGACAAGUAUU